AUGCCUCCUCUGGGGUGGCACGUUGCUGUGAGCUUGGCGAUCGCGUGGCCGGCCUGUGUGACUGUGUGCUUGUCUCCUGUCAUGGGCUGGAACUGCAUCGAUUCGGGCACAGAGUCCUGCAUUGCGUACUUGCCCGUAAGUUACGUCAUCUUGAUCGCCAUUAUCUUCGCCAUGGCCGUGGUGAUAGUGAUCUUCGCCAAUGUCAGAAUCUUCAUAGUACUAAAGCGACUUUUCUCCAAUGCCAAAACCCCCGAGAACCCCGAAGAAAACCUGCCCAUGGCAAGGCGCAGAGAACUGGAAGAACAAUACAGGCAACUCCAAAAGAGUUUGAAGAUGCAGGUGACAGUCGCCAUCGUUGCAGCAAUGUUCGUCAUCGUCUGGCUACCGAUCUGUAUCGGGAGUGUGCAACAAGUUUUGUGCAUUGCUAGAGAAGACUGUGAGAUAGAGGCGAGGCCAUACUGGGGGAUGUUCAUCGCACUCUGCAGUUCGGUGAUAAACCCAGUGAUCUACGCAUUCAGGAUCAAGAAGAUUCGGGAGGCCGUGCAUCACAGGGCGCGACGACUUGCCAGCGCGGUUCGUGAAAAGUUGGGAUGGUCAUCGAAUCAAAUGGUUAUCAUUCAGGUCGUUGGAGAUUCGCGGACAAUGGAACCGAGUUCAAAUUCGGACAAUCCGACUGACCAGCCGACUAAAUGGGCAGUCAGUCGAAGAGCGGCAGAGAAUCCCACAAACGCACAGAGCUCGCGUCGUCUAGAUGACUCUACGUAG